GCUGGAACAAGUGCCAUGAUAGCUGAUGAUGAUACUGCUUUAAUAGGCACUCCAGUGUUUCAGAUUCUGAGAUCUGGUCUCCUUUGGUCCUGUCCUUUAACUCAAAGUUCUGGAGAUUGUAAACCUCUACGCAGUGUUGUUCCAGGGUAUGAAAACCCUCCCAGAUAUGAUGAGAAAAGGGAUGGACAAUGGUUAGGAGUAGCAGUCAAUUCUCAAGGACCAGGAAAGAAAGUAAUUGUCUGCGCUCACAGAUAUGAAAGACGAGGUGUAGAUUUCUCAUGGGGAAAGGGACUGUGCUAUACACUCACCCAGAGCCUAGGAUACGAGGAGACCUGGGAGCCAUGUGCUGGUAGAGAUACAACUAGAGCACAUGAACAGUGGGGGUAUUGUCAGGAUUCUCCUGUGGAUAAAUACUCGUAUCUAGGGAUGGCAGUUGCAGCAGGAAACUUUCUACCACCAUCCAGAAGCUGUGGAGAAUAUCUUAGCUAUGCUGCUGGUGCUCCUAGAGCAAACUCAACCGGGCAGGUUGUGAUAUUUGUCAAGUGUCACAGUGAGUUAUUGAACGUUCAGCUGGUUUUGGCGGGGGACGCAUUUGCGUCACAGUUCGGAUACGCACUCGCCGCAGUCGACGUAAAUAACGACGGAUUCACCGACCUUUUUGUAUCCGCACCUUUUUAUCAUUCGAGAGAGUUCGGGGGCGCAGUUUACUACUUCAAAAACUCGGCGGUCGGGUUAAACCCGAAAGAACCGCCGAUAAUACUGCGAGGCGGGGGUCCAGAAUCCCGCUUCGGGUUUGCUAUAUCUUCGGCGGGUGAUGUGAAUGCCGACGGAUUUGUUGAUGUCGUCAUAGGGGCACCUUAUGAGGACCGAGGGGCAGUUUACCUUUACCACGGGGGUCCUGACGGACUCAAUACCAUACCUGCUCAAAUAGUCAGGUCUGAAGAUCUUCCUGGCCUGCCUAUUCGUACAUUCGGGUAUUCUCUUUCUGGUGGACUAGACCUGGAUAUGAAUAAUCAUACAGAUAUCUUGGUUGGAGCUUAUGCUAGUGAUGCUGCUGUCAUCAUUAGAUCCAGGCCUGUGAUUGAUAUACUAACCUGGUUUGGAAAUAAAACCAUGAAGGUCAACCCGACCAACCCGGGCUGCGACAUGGACCCAACCUCACCUGAGGUUUGUUUCCAGCUUGAGUCCUGUUUUCAAAUUCGAAACUUCCCGCCAAACAUCGAAACCACUCUGCUCAAAUACAAAAUCACAGCUGAAGUUUUCAAAGGAGGAAGGAAGUUCUCUAGAGUCAGAUUUGAUACAAAUACCAAGGAGCUGACCCAUACAAUGGAGAAGAGAGUUCAAGUAAGGAAAUAUAUGCUGGAUGGAUGUUUUCAAGAACUUGUUUAUUUAAAGGAGGGUACAGUUGAUAUCAGAUCUCCAAUACGGUUUUUGGUAGAAUAUUCCCUUGGAACGGAUGAGCCGACAAUACAGGGGGAUAUCAUUCCUAAUAUAAACCAGUUUCCUAUCCUGAACAUGAAGGAGGCCAGUAAGGAGCUAGAGAUCCCCUUCCACUUGGAUUGUGGAGAUGAUGAUUUCUGUCAAUCUAAUCUUGUUGCUGGGAUUAAACUGAUUGGAGAGGAUGGUUUAGAGAUAAAUGGAGAAGGACUAGAACUAGGAGAGGGCAGGGAGCUGGUGGUAAAUCUAACAAUAUCAAAUACUGGUGAUCCUGCAUACACUGCAUCCGCUAUGCUUAAUUUCAGUGAAAUUUUCACCUAUGUCGGGAGAUCUGAUGAAACUAAAGAUGUACUCUGUGAACUUGUGUCAGCUGUUUCUAUUUCCUGUAAUCUAGGAAAUCCUUUCCACAGAAGAACAGAAACUUUACAGUUUAAGUUUGUUCCGGUUUAUUCUGCCACAUUGUCCCCGGAUGUGAUGUUUACGGUCAACCUGACAACAUCAUCUGCUAACCCUCUUAGUGAGCUGACAAGAAGUCGACAAUUUAACGUUAUUAGACGAUCCGAAGUCUCAAUUCGAGGCUCUAUUCGACCAGAAUAUACUCUGUAUGGAGGCCAGGUUGUGGGAGAAAGUUCCGUAAGAACAAUUCAAGAGGUUGGUACAAGAGUUGUACAUACCUUCCAUGUUGUAAACGAUGGGCCUUGGCCAGCUCAUUCUACAAUUGUAAACAUCGAUUGGCCUUUCCAGGUUGAGAAUGAUCUACCCCUUGGAAAAUGGUUGCUAUAUCUAACAGACCCUGUUGAGAUAAGUCCCCCAGGGGUGGGCAGAUGCUACCUCAACCCUAAACACGUGAAUUCUCUGGGACUCAGACGGAAAACUGACAUAAAUCCACGAGAUAUUUAUCCCGGGAACACGGAACCCAAAAAUCCGGGAAUCAACAACUUCUCAAAAAUGGACGAAGUCGUGAAGUUUCCGUCAUGGGUAGACAGCGGGAGUUCAGAAACCAAAUACUCCUCUUUCUACAACUCCAUCUCCUCUUCACAGUCCAAGUACUCCAGAAAAACAGUCGAAAGUGAGAAAAGAACAGAAAGUUAUGUCGAAAAAAUCCGAGUGAAACGUGAUCUCAAAGACUCUGUCGAACCGAGAGUUCGACGCGACACAGAGCAUAGAAUCGACCCGGAUCGAAUAUUCGACGCAGAUGGUCGACUCUCUAGGGUGGUUGUAUUCGACUGUGGUCGAGGAACUGCUAAAUGUUUGUCGAUUUCCUGUGAUAUUCCUAGACUAGGUCGGGGAGACCAUGCUAUAAUCAGGCUAAGCUCCCGAGUGUGGAACUCGACUUUAGUCGAAGAUUAUCCUCAUGUCGACAGUGUUCUAAUCAAUGCAGUUGGUCGACUCCAGCUCCCGACUGACCUGGCUCGACAACAAAUGCGUCACGAUGAUGAGGUUACGAUCGGUGUCAUUGCGUAUCCGGAUGGACUUGGGGAAACCGGAAUUCAGGGUGUUCCGAUCUGGAUUAUGAUCACUGCGAUCAUGGCCGGUCUUCUCCUAGUGGUGAUCAUAACUCUCAUUCUCUGGAAGUUUGGAUUCUUUGAACGAAAACGAGUGUCCGAUGUCACACAAACUGUUAAAAUUGGGAAAACCGCGCCAUUGUUGCGGGGCGAUGAAUAUAUUUCCUAAAAUUGCGAUAAGUCAGUCAAAAUCGCAAUUUUUGUGAAACUUGUAACUAAUUUUAUAACUAGUGAAAUAGCAGCCAGUUCUUUUUGAUAUUGGCUACAUGCACAGAACACUUAGUUUAACGUGAAUACUGCACAUUAAAAUCUCCAGAAAGUUCGUGAAUCUGUUCAAAACAGAAGAACAAACUAUGAAUUGUUUUAUAUUUUAAACAAAGACAAACUGAGACUACUUUUUUGUCCUGAACAGAUCAGUCUCCUUUAUGUCUUUGGUUUUGAGCUGCUGUGAUUUAGAAAUUACAUUCUAGACAAAAGUGAUUUGUCAUUAUUGUCCCGUGAUAUGAAAAUAGGAAAUUUAUUUAGAUCAUUUGUAUUUAUGUAUUUUGUGCCAUUUUGUAUUUAGUACUUUGUCUCACAUAGGGCACUUACUUGCUGUUCAAAGGUGCUAACAAUCAUUUUGCUUGAAAAUCAAUCGUUAAUGAUAAUGUAGAUAAUGUUAAACUAUGCUUUCUCAAGUGUUCAUAAAAACGUCCUUUUUACAUGAUCUCUGUUUUGCCAUACAUCUAACCUAAAAUUGGCCAUUUUUGGACUAAAAUAGUCGCCACUCUCAAAUGAAACUUUAUGUAUUAAUUUUUAUCAUAUAUAUUGUAUCAUUCCUGCCUAAUUACUAACAUUUUGCGGCCCAAUGCCGGGUUUAAUUAUAGAAGUCUCAAUGAUUUAUUGUAUUUUGUAAAUGUGAAAAAACUUUCAUUAUCAGAUUAAACAGAAUUCAUGGUUAGAAAUAUCAAAAAUCUAAGACCUCAGGUUGCAAAUAUAUGAGGGUAAGUUAUCCCUUUCUUUGUUUUAGACUUUUGUUGAUAAGAAGCGAAAAACUUAUAUCACAUAAACUCAUAAAUUGUUGAACGUAUGUAAUUUUUCCUUUUUUUAUAAUAAUAUAAAAAAUACAAGGAAAUUUAACCCCCU